AAUCGCUUAAAAAACGCAUGAAGCCUUCACACACCAUUCAUUGACUACCCACGCUCCAUCCAACCGCCGUCACUCGCUACUUCGCAACCACCCCUUCCGCCAGUUUUCCUCAUCGCUGGCCUGCUGUUCACCGGAAUUCAUCUCCGUCCACUCUGCUUGAUGCAUCGCGUGUAGAUUUCUUGUACGUAAUUCUCAAAAGGGAGUAACCUUUCUUUUGGCCAACGUCUCUUUUGAAUCAUCGCUUUAAUUUCCGGUUCUAGUUUAUCAAAUCUGUGUGCGAGGCAGCAUCAUGUCCUCCUCAGCUCCCGAGGUUUCUGAUAAUAGUGAAAGUGAGAUCGGCCAAAGCCAAUUGGAUGGUCAGAUUCAGUCUUCAUCUCCUCCUGCAUGUGGCAUAUCUCAUCCUUCAAUGCAAUACCCAACUUUGGGGCAAGCAGCAUAUCCUUAUCCAGAUCCUUACUACAGAAGUGUGUUCAAUCCGUUUGAAACACAACCAUACCCGACUCAGCCGUAUCCGGUGCAACCUAUGGUCCACCAUCAUUUAUUGGGAAUUCAGCAAGCUGGUGUACCUCUACCAUCUGAUUCAGUCGAAGAGCCUGUAUUUGUUAAUGCUAAACAAUAUCAUGGCAUUUUGCGGCGUAGACAGUGUCGUGCAAAAGCUGAAUCUGAAAAUAAAGCUCACAGGAAUAGAAAGCAGCCAUAUUUGCACGAAUCAAGACAUCUGCAUGCACUAAGAAGAAGCAGGGGAUGUGGUGGCCGAUUCGAGAAAAAGGAUAAGCAACAAAAAGAGAUUAGUUCUGAUGAUAACUCCCAAUCACAGGUCAAUAUCAAUCUUAACUCAGAUAAAUAAAACCUGAUAAUCGACAGUUCUGGAUGCAUUCCUGCAAACAUCAUCAAGCAGUAGCUGGUGUAUAGACAAGCUGGGGUCCGUGCUUUUAGCUUUCUUGUUUAUAUUAUAAAGUUUUCAUGUCAAUGUGGUCAUUCUAGCACAGUGUUGGUUGUCUUUUUGUCAAGUCAUAUAGCCGCUCUUGCUUUUAACUGCUUUUUUAUUCUUGCUGUUUAAUUUGAAUUGUGUGCGAAACUGUGAGAGUAGUGAGGCAUUUUUUUCUUUGAUUUUGUAGCUUUUGUUAGUGGUUGAAGUAUGCUGUAGCUGAUACAAGGAAUAAGUUGUAGUAUAUGUGUGGCUUACAUUUGUAUACCCUUUUGUUU